AUGGAUCCCUGUUGCACCAAGCUUCGCCAGAUGUUCUGUGGAAGAAGAAGAGUGGAGAAUAUCGAUGAAACUCAGGAUAGAGUGCGUCAGCUCACACAAAUCUUGACCUUGUACAACAUCAAUUUGGAAUUCGAAGAAAACAAGUCUAUUCAAAACGCAAGUCAGAUUGAAAGGUGCAAAACGAUUAUCAACAAAUGCAACGUCAUCAAAAGCAUGAUAGAGCAAGGUCAGACUUUGACCGCAGAAAUCGUAAACAGUUAUUACCGCGCUGUGAAAUGCACACAAGAGGAAUACGAUGCAAUUAGACAACGCGCCGGUGAGGUCAGUGUGGUCGUUGCCACUCCAGCAGUGUUCCAUGUCGAGAGAAGAGUCCAAGAAAACCGUGCUGUCGACGAUCAACAACCUGGACCAUCAAACAGUCAAUCGACAAGUCAACGCACCGCAACUGUUGCCAAAAUGCCAAGCCGCUCCAGUACAACCGACUUCAAGCCAGGAGAUAUCAUGCUUUGA